UCUUUUUUUUAUUUUGUUGGAAAGCUUUUUCGAUUGUUUUCGCUUUUGCUUCCGUUCCGUUUUCUUUUCCAGUCGCAAACACUUGCCCUCUUCCUCUGUCAUCAACCCAAUUCCUUUCUUUUUUCUUUUUCUCUUUUAUUAUUAUUAUUAUUAUUUUGCUUCUCUCGACGCCAUCCAACUCCAAAAAGCCGGGCGACUUCCAAAAGCAGCCAAAGCGCCCAAUUCGCAGCCAAACCCCCAAACUGAGAUUUGACCAAAAAACAAACCACACCAAACUCAAAAAUGGCGGCCUCACUCUUCUCUACAACUUCGGGUGGCUUUGUCAUGGAGACACCAGACAACGCUACUACGAUCACUGCGGGCACAACGACCACGGGGACAGGUGGGGUGCAUGGCGGCGAUAACAGCGCUGGGGACACGACCACCACGUUGGUCACGUCCACGGCGUCGUCGGCGGUCACGUCCAAGGACGGCACGUCGUCCUCCGGCCUCGCGAUGGGCGUUGGACUCGCUCCACGCAAGCUGCGCAAUGUCAGUGCGUGGCCGUACACGCUGGCGUUCCUGCCGUACCCGGUGCUGCCGCUGAGCUGGUGGAUGGGCGGUGGCUGGACGUUUGCGGCGUUGGGCAUUGUCUUUGUGCUCAUCCCCAUCAUCGACGUCCUCAUGGGCACGGACGACUACAACCCGACCAAGGAGGAAGAAAAGAUCCUCGAGAAGCGCAUCUCCUUCCGGGCAGUGACCUGGGCCUGGGUCCCGAUGCACAUCACACUCGUCCUCUGGGCGUGCUAUCAGGUGGCCAUCUAUCCGCAAAUGAGCUGGAUGGAGUACAUUGGCUUUCUUGGCGCUGUCGGCCUCGUUGGCGGCCUCGGCAUCAACUGCGCGCACGAGCUCAUCCACAAGGCGCCCGUGUUUGAGCAAAUGCUUGGGCGAACCAUCCUUGCGUUUGUCGGCUAUGGUCACUUUUACGUCGAGCAUCUGUUUGGUCACCACAAGCGAGUGUCCACACCGGACGAUCCCGCCUCGUCGCGUUAUGGCGAAAUCUUUUACACGUUCUGGUGGCGCUCGGUCGUUGGCUCGUUCUUGUCUGCCGUGCAUCUGGAACGCGCUCGCCUGAACAAGUGCGGCCUGCCAGAGCUGUCGCCGCACAAUCGUGUGGUGCAGUCGGUCGCCUCCACGGGUCUUAUCGCCUUUGGAAUUUUCCACGUGCUUGGCGCUCAGGCCACCAUCUUCUUCGCCUGGCAGUGCUUCUUGGCGUUCAGCCUGCUUGAGAUUAUCAACUAUGUGGAACACUAUGGUCUGGAGCGCAAGCCCAAGCCGGCCAAGCCUGCCGAGGGCGAACGCGGAGAUUUCGAGCGCAUCACCCCCGCCCACUCGUGGAAUGCUGGCCAUCGCUGCACCAACUACUUUUUGUUCAAGCUGCAACGCCACUCAGACCACCACGCCUACGCCGGUCGUCGCUACCAGAUUCUCCGCACAUGGCAAUCUUCCCCGCAGCUCCCCUUUGGCUAUGCCACCAUGCUUCUGAUCGCCCUCGUUCCCCCACUUUGGUUCCGCAUUAUGAACUGGCGUGUGCUUGCCGUCCGUCAGCAGUAUGCCGAGUGGGAACGUGCAAACAUCAACCCGUUCGUCGAUCCCUCCAAGAGCCAGUAACUACUGUCUGUGCCCCCGCACCCGCGCGCUUGUUUUCAUUUAGCUUGAUUGUUUGAUGUGCUCCGUUUGUCCUUCGACAUUAUCGCUGGCAUGAUGGAUUUGUCUUUUCUCCCAUUCUACCUUGUACUCUACUUUACCGAAACAAAAUAUAACAUCCCUUUAUUGCAA